AUGGUGAAUAUGUACUUGGAAACGGAGAAGAACCUUAAGGGAACUGUGUCUCCAACCUUGGAGCGCCUCCAUAAGGAAAUCAAGGCCAAGUCGAAGGAGCUUACCAGUGGUGCUUCCAAGAGUGCAAAGGCUGUGGACAAGGCCCGGGCUGUCACCCAGAAGCAUAUUGAGCUCCUUGCCCAACAAACGGCGUCUAUGGAUGCUGCCGCAGGAAACAAGCUUGAACAGCAUCACGACCCUUACAUCUUGCGCCGAGGUGUCAACCAUCGUCUCAACAAGCAGAUCAUUGAGGAGAACAACAACCGCAAGGAUAUCAUUGCUGUACAGAAUAACUUCCAGCAGUUUGAGGCGCAUGUUCUGCAGACCAUUCAGGGGGCCAUGCAAGAAUUCGUCCAGAUCGUUUCUGGCCAGCUCGAGCAUCAGGGUACUAUGUAUCAGGAUAUGCUGGGUUCUGCUCAGAAGAUUCCUCCUGACUUCGAGUGGGUCAACUUCAUCACGAAGAAUGACAAUGUCCUUAUCAACCCGGAUGCGCCCCCGAGGACCCUCUCCAACAUCACUUUCCCCAACAUGGAUCAUCGUGCGACCAUGGCACUGAUCGAAGGGUCCUUGGAACGCAAGUCCCGUGCCAUGCUUAAGGGCUAUAGCUCCGGAUACUACGUUGUCACCCCCGCGCGGUACCUCCAUGAAUUCAAGGAUGACGACGACUUCCGCCGCGAUCCGGCUCCAGAACUGUCCCUAUACCUUCCCGACUGUGUCAUUGGCGCGAUCGACGGCGUGAAGUUCAGCGUGAAAGGCAAGGAUGUCUCGGGCAGUAAAGUCGGUAACGCCUUCCACACUACCACUGAAUUGAGCUUCAAAGCACACACUGCCAACGACGCCGAAAAAUGGUGGACCGUCAUCAAGGAUUGCACCCGUGGCCCGGUACAUACCGCUGCCGCCGCCACAUCCUCCCAGCCGGCAAGCCCUGCCGUCGCCCAACCCCCAGCUUAUAGUGAGAAGGCAAAUGAGGCAACGAGCCCCGCCCAGGCUACGGCUCCCCAAAGCGCAACUCAGGCCACAGCCCCCGAGAGCGCAACCCAGGCCGCGCAACCAAUGCAGCCUGCUGCGAGCGAGGCAGCGGCUCAAUCCCCGGUCUCCCCCCCUGCAGUGUCUCGGACCGCUAGCACGGCCAGUGGACACUUCCAUACUGCUCCGGGCGGAACCGCCACUACCGGUGAUAAAGCAUAA